AUGACUUCACGACAAGAGCGAGCAACACUCGCCCAGAAAAUACAAGUGUUAGAUUAUUUCCACUCCUCGGGGAGCUCACAACUAAAGACAGUCAACAAGUUCAGAAACGAAUUGUCAAUAUCGAAAUCAUCAUUAAGCGAAUGGCUCAAACGAGAGGAGGAUCUACGCCGAAGUUUUGCUCGAGAAGAGUUCAAAUUGUCCAAAAACAGUCGAAGGAAAGUGAAGUUUAAAUAUGAAAGGAUAAAUAAAGCCAUGGAUGCAUUGGUUCAAGCAAGAUUGGACAAGAACGAACCAAUUUCUGAACCAAUAUUGCGAGAACAUUGGUCUGUAUAUGCACACCAGUACGGGGUCGACGAUCCCAAACGAUUGAUUAGCUUUAGCCAUGGUUGGUUGAAUCAAUUUAAGAAGAGACACGGAUUAAGAAGAAGCCCCUCAUGUCACAAGGGCUCACUUAUACGGCAGUUUGAAAAGAGAAAUAAAAGUGAUGAUGUUAAUAUGGAGUCAGUAUUUGAACUGAGUGCUGAUUCAGAUACGAGUAAUGGAACACAUGAUGUUAAAACGGGUGCUAUUUUGCCGGCUCAGUCCGUGCGGGACAAAGUUCUGACACUAAAACCAUCAGAAAGAGUGUCUUCACGACUGCCAUUUGUUAGCGAGAUACAAGAGACGUCAACCUCCAUCGAAUAUCUCCUAGAGAAAACAGAUAGCAGCGAAUCAAUUACUAUGGCAUCACAUGGGGCCCCAGAAGACACACAACUACGGCAAUAUUCAUUGGUUGAUCAAGCAAAAGUGACUCUGAUCCCUCCGUUGUCCAACCUCCCCCUUCAUGACAAUAUACGUCGACUAUUUUUGAAACAUCCAUUAAGUAAUCCUCCAAUGGAGCAGCAUAAUGUUCAAGAUAGCGACGCCGAAGCGAUUCAACGUUUGAACAAACAAUACGUAUUGACAUCGGCACCAGAAACCCAGCCAAUUCAACAGCGACAGUAUGAUACUAAUCUUGCACAAUCAAGCAAGGAUAAAAUUUCUACAGUUCCUGCGGCUUGUGCAGUCGCUAAUUUUCGAACCACUACCACGCCAACGAACCCAAUUGAGACCACCUCAAUACUGGAACAAGUGGGAGCAAUGCAACGAAAGGACUCCCAAGUUGAGAAACUGGCAAUGGACAAUGGUCAUACGGAUAAUCAGGUUGAGGUGGAAAGAUUCAUUUUCACCACGGCCGAUAACUUCUUUCGAGUAAAUGCUAAGCAAUAUCCUGAGACAUCCAAAGUGUUCCAGAACCUUAAACUGGCGUUCUUUCACGAACUAGCAAUUAAGAAAAAACAGAAACCAGAUACAGAAUUGACACGAUAA